AUGGCCCCGUGCUGCGCGCUGAGCCUGGUGCGUCGGUGCCUUCGCCAGCUGCUGAGCACGCAGUGUGCGCUCCUGAGCGGCCUGCCCGGGCGGGACUGCAGCCUGCUGACAGAGAAGAGAGCAGAAAAGCGGAAAAAGAGAAAUGCUGGAGAGGGCUGCGGCCUGCCAGGCUCCUCCUGGGAAGAGAGGUUAGCAGACGCAGCAACUCCACUGUGGAGACUUCCCUACCAGGAGCAGCUGCAGGUCAAGUACGAAAACCAGAGGAAGGUUUUACAGACACUGACAUCGCGUCUGCAGGAGCUGGGUGUAGAUGUGCAGAAGCCUGGUGAACUCUGCUGUGCUCUCCGUCCUGUAGUCCCUUCACCCACCAUUAAUGGCUACCGAAACAAAUCUACUUUCUCUGUAAACCAAGGACCUGAUGGAAACCCCAAAACUGUGGGAUUGUACGUGGGAACUGGCAGAGCAAGAAAUAUUGUCUGUGUGAGAGCUGACCACGUGAAGAAUGUGCCCCCAAAACACAAGCAAGUAGCCCAGUGCUAUGAGGAGUUCAUCCGUCAGUCCCCCCUGGACUCUUGCAUUCUCUUCCACGAAGGCGGACACUGGCGGGAGCUCGUGGUACGCACCACCAGCCACGGCCACACCAUGGCGAUCGUCACCUUCCACCCCCAGGAGCUGGGCCAGGAGGCUCUGGCUACUCAGAAAGCAUUGCUUAAGGAGUUCUUCACUUCUGGACCUGGAGCAGGAUGUGCCUUGACUUCACUUUACUUCCAAGAGAGCACCAUGACGCGCUGUUCCCAUGAGCAGUCACCCUUCCAGCUCCUUUAUGGAGAGCCACACAUCUUUGAAGAUUUGCUCGGCCUGAAAUUUCGCAUCUCUCCGGAUGCCUUUUUCCAAGUGAACACGAGUGGAGCAGAAACUCUGUACCGGGCAGUCGGGGAGCUGAGUCAGGCUGACAGAGACACCGUCCUCCUUGAUGUCUGCUGCGGGACAGGCACGAUUGGUCUCUCUCUGGCUCACCAUGUGUCCAAGGUUAUUGGUAUCGAGAUAGUGGAGAAGGCAAUAGAGGAUGCCAGGUGGAAUGCAGCAUUUAAUGGAAUUUCCAACUGUGAGUUUCACAGUGGGAAGGCAGAGGCUGUGUUACCACAACUGCUGUCCUCAUGGGAAGAUACCCGACCCCUUGUUGCUGUGGUGAACCCAUCCCGAGCUGGGAUCCAUUACAGGGUCGUGCGAGCCAUCCGAAACUGCAAGGCCAUCCGAAGGCUGCUCUACAUCUCCUGCAAGCCAGAGGGCGAAGCCACAAGGAAUUUUCUUGAGCUGUGCUGUCCCCCUGACCCAGGGAAGAAGCUGGUAGGAGAGCCGUUUGCCCCUGUGUUGGCCAUACCUUUUGACCUGUUUCCUCAUACUGCUCACUGUGAGCUGGUGCUGCUGUUCUCCCGCUGACAAGGAGGCAGGUAUGCAAGCUCUGAAGCUUGGGAAGAAACCUGCUAAUGUCCUUAAGGCUGGAGUGGAUGUAGUUAUGAUUUUAUUUUUAUACAACUUUGAAGAAAUAAAUUAUUUUCUUUUUGCUCUU